AUGACGGCCUCAGAAUCCACCCAGAUUCACCGUCGCUCCUCCACGCAGCAUUACCAAACAUUUGACACUCCGCCGCCCAAGUCGCGCGGCCGUCCCAAUUCGGGCCAGUCGGGUUCGUCGGGCGACGCCUCGCACGAUCAAAAUGACCACAAUGAGUUGUCCAACACCAACUCACCGCUGCCCAAGAAGCAAAUGGCAGUGCUCGCGAUGAUCGCCCUAGCAGAGCAGACUGCUCUUAAUUCGAUCAGUCCUUACCUUCCACACAUGGCGUCCACAUUCCCGGAGGUUGAACCUGGCCAGGUGGGAGUAUAUGUGGGGACAAUCGCAUCGGCCUUUGCUCUGGCUCAGCUUGCAACAAAUUACUACUGGGGCUGGUUGUCGGAUCGGAUCGGACGGAAGCCGGUCAUUCUUCUGGGCACCAUGUUGACCGCGAUGUGCUUUGUUGCUUUUGGCUUUUGCAAGACCUUGUGGCAGGCCGUGCUUGUGCAAGCACUCAUGGGAGUCGUGAACGGCAAUCAGGGACUUGUGUCUACCUGUCUGGGCGAGAUCACGGACCGGAGCAACCAAUCGCAGGCAUUCACGUACCUCCCAGUUCUGUACGGACUGGGAGGUAUCACGGGCCCCCUUCUGGGAGGCUUGCUGGUCUUCGAGCGAAAUCCGCUCACUGGCAAGGCGAGCACCUAUCCAUACUUGGCUCCGAAUCUGUUUGCCGCCGCCAUCCUGCUGCUGGACUUUAUUUUGACGGCAAUCUUCUUGGAAGAGAGCUUAGAAGACGCGGAUACCCUGCCACGACUGAGCAAGAGAUUUCGCAGCCUCUUCACGUGGCUGUGGCAAUUCACCGGGCUAUCGAGGCACCCGACCUACACUCGAUUGCCCCGAACAUCUACUUCACCUUCUUCGCACCGCGGUUCUGCCGAUGCUGAAGACCACGACAGCGACCUGGACUCUGCAUCAGAAGUAUCCAGCCAGCAGGAACCACCAGCCCAACACUUGACGUGGGAGGAACUAUUUUCCAGAGAUACCAUUCUCCUUCUCUUGACAUAUCUCAUCUUUGCAUUCUGCAAUGUGUCUUUUAACUCCUUGUUUCCCAUCUUCGCCCAGGCCAACCCGCCGGAAGGCCGUCAUUUGACCCCCUCCGAGAUUGGCCUUGCGCAAGGAUUUGCAGGCGUGGUGACUAUUGUGUUUCAAAUCUGUGUAUUCAACCGGUUGCGCGACAAGAUGGGCAACCGAUGGUCCUACCGAGCUGGUCUCUUUGGUUUCGUUGUUUCUUUUGUCUUGAUGCCUUUUGUAGGCUACAAGGGUGAUGAUGAGAAUGGAUUGACUCGCAAGUCUGCUCUCAUGGCCGUAGAAAUCUGUUUUGUGUUGUUGGUCAAGACGGUCGCGUCAGUGGGCGGAUUGACCAGUGCCUUGUUGUUGAUCACCAACACGGCACCAAACAAUGCGGUCCUAGGUGCACUCAACGGUCUUGCUCAAACCCUCUCCGCGGCUGGGCGUGCCAUUGGACCCUUCUUGUCCGGUGGGCUCUUCUCUCUUACAGCGAAGAUCCAACCCAAGGGAGAAGCCAUCGCCUUUGGGGUCUUUGGAGCUGUAUCAUUCAUUGGGUUCAUCAUGAGCUUUGGGAUCCGCGGUCGGUCUCUCGAAGCGGAGGGCUGGGUCUCUGAUGAGGAUGAUGAUACCGACAAAUCGGACGAAGAGAAUGAGAUUCCUGAAGCUUGA